AUGUUUGGCGCCAAAUCCAAAGCAAUCAACGAACCUGCCAAAAAUCUCCCGGUGACCUUUACACGUCAAUUCCUAUGGACACCAGUUGAAGAACAAGAAGGAGUUUGCGAGUAUAUCAAAGAAAAGCUUCAUAAAAUUAAAGAAAAACCGUUCUACAUCUACCUCUUCGGAUCUGAAGACACUAAUCAGCCUGAGUUGUGCAAAAAGCUCAAUGGAAUUAUUGUAGAGUAUUUUAAAUCAAAAGAAGCAUGUUCUGUGUCGGCGCCCAACGAUUCAUAUGCAGCCGAUGUAAAUGGUUCUCAUUUAUGCUCAACUUUUUUGUUGAAGCUUGAUGGGGAUCUCUCCAAUGAGAAUAUGAAUCUGAUGGACAACGACACUGAGAAACAACUGGGAAAACUACUUUUGGGAGUCAAAACUAUUAUAUUUUACAAGUUCGAUCUGAUAAACCCUAUUUUUCUCAAGCGAAUUGACCAGCGUUUGAGAAUCAUUUUCAAAAAAGAACAACCGUUUGGAGGACUAUCAGUUAUCGCUUUUGGAGAUAUCGCUGGUCACUCAAUACUCACUUCAGAAAUAUUGAAAGACUUCGAAGUAAUUAGUCUUUCAAAUCUUACCCCAGACAAUGAUGAGGAUGAAGAAACAAAACUGGAAAAAUAUUAUAUGGGAUUAUAUAAGAAAAAGAGUUUCAACACAAAAAAGACAGAAGUUUGUGCUUUUGAUGAACUGAAAAGAAGAAAAAUGAAGAAUCCGGAACUUCAACUAGUAGUUUUGUCAUAUAACAAAGAUUUGAUUGAAUUGGUCAAUAAAAUGGAGCUCAACGAAUUAAAAGAUGAAAAGAAAACUUUCCGUUCCAACCAGGUUACCAAUAAAAGUGAAGACAAAGUUCAAAAGGUCAAAAAAGUAGUGGACAGUCUGGAAAUCGGAGUUGGAUCUACAGUAAUCUCUACUUGCGAUCUUAAAGAAGUAAAACUCGGAGAACUAGGAAAAGUGACAUCCUUUAACAAUCACGAUGGAAGCAUUACCGUUGAUUUCCAUUCUGAGAAAUCUGUCAAAGUUAGGACUGCACUUUGGACAGCGGACAACUUGCAAACAAUUUGGGAACAGUUCCCACUUCAACCAGCUGCUGCAUUGACGAUGGAAGAUGUUGAGGGAUUGAUGUUCGAUGGAGUCAUUGUGAUGCCAGAUGGGAUUAAUGAUUCAAAAACAAUGAAUAAGGCAUUAGGAAAAGCUAAAGACUUGGGAACUCCGGAUUACGCAUCAACACUAUUUGCUAAUAUGAAACCUACAAUUCUUUUUCGUAUAAAACGUAUUAACUUUGGUGAUGCUGUUUACAAACAGGGCGUAGAAUUCAUCAGAUUCUGUGACCCAAUAUUCAUUGAAUCAGUUGAAAUGAAUGCAGAUAACAAAUCACCUGAUGCACUAGAUAGUAUUCUGGAAACCACAUCUCUGAAAUCUACUACACAGUGGACUAUACACUACUUGAAUCGGUCAGAUGCAGCCACUAAAGUUGCUACUCAUUGGAACAAAAACGAUGUUGGCACUGGUAGAAGAUUUUAUUUUUCUACAACCGUUCCAGGAACUCUGAGCUGUUUUGAAUCUGCGUUCAAAGGUAGUCUUAUCCACAAGGGACAAAGUAGAAUACGCGCGGCUAUGGAUAAUGUGGAUAGGCAUAUUGUUCUGAUAAUGUACAAGAGGUCAAGCAUCUAUGAGUACUUUUUGCUCAUGACGACUGAUAACAUUUUUGAUAUUGUAGAUAACCAGUUUGAAUAA